AUGAACGCUGCUACUACGCAAAAAGCCCCCAAAACCCCAAAACCAACCGCCUCCGUGCCAAUUGUCCAAAAUAAACGCUGGCCCCCUAUGGCGAACCGAAAUGCCCUCCCUUACAAGCUCACGCAUAUCUCAAAAGAGAAACUUGCUCGUGAAGCCACUGCACCAGACCCCGACCUCCGCCGCUGCGUGGCCCACUUUCGCCUGCACUGCGGUUCCGUCUCAUGGACCGAGAAUGACAUGAAGUCUCGCAUCAGCUCAUUUGAUUUCGAAGACACCGAUGAAGAAGACGACGUGGAUGAUAUGAGCAACAAAGAAUUGCCCGUCCUAAAGAAUAGAGCCCCGGCCAACGAGACUCCCGAAGUCGCUGAACAAGUAUCAUACACAUCAAAAUCAGAACCCGUUGCUGUUGCAGCACCCCCGGCAUCGCCACCAUCACCUGAAAAUUCAUCCGAGCAUGGUUUUUUGGAAAAGGGUCGCAAUUGUCUUGAGGCGACCUCCAAACACCUAUGGACAGGGGGGUCUUGCAUGGUCUCCUCAAUGGCGGGUUAA